AUGUCAGAGACUGGAGGAGAGGGGUGGGGCCAGAGUGGGAAUCCCACGUUUGUGUUUGGCUAUGAAGAUCGUCAAGGCCCAGAGGAAGGCGGCAUGAAGAAUGAGGGAGAGAUGCGAAAAGGAGAGGAGGAAGGGCAGGAAAAAGAGGAGGACAAUGAGGAUUAUGACUCGGUAAGGGGGUACAUGGAGACUGAGAGAAAGAGGCCCUUUCCCAAUUUGUCUUGACUUGAUACCUCGCUUCCUCUUUCCUCUCCUCCUUCUCAAACUGCAUUGGAGGGAAAGAUCCAAGGUCCCUUCCUUCAGACCUUCUCCUUCAAUACAUUUUUGAGAAGGAGGUGAGGAGAGAUGACAGGACAGAGGAAAGGUGGGAGAUUGGCUUAGGCUUCACCUCGCACAAGUAAUCACAUCACACAUCAAAUACAGUACAUUACAAACAGUACGAUACGAGUGACUUCUUUCCCUUCCUCUGUGUUCACCCAGCCUCCAGAGAGGCAGAUUGUGGUGGGCGUCUGCUCCAUGAUGAAGAAGUCAAAGUCCAAGCCAAUGACCCAGAUCAUGGAAAGGCUGUGUAAGUUUGAGUACAUCACUGUGGUCAUCUUCCCCGAGGAGGUCAUCCUCAACGAGCCAGUGGACAAAUGGCCCCUGUGCGACUGCCUCAUCUCCUUCCACUCCAAAGGUACAAACGAACGUACGUAUGUGCACCCACCGCAUACGAUUACGUGCAUCAGGUACUGGCGUGAGCAUGCACAUUGCACAGAUACACAUGUAUAAUGUAUAUGCAUGCCAAAAUACAGUAGGUAUACAUGAAUACAAUCUGUACAUACUAAACACACUGUCAUUCCCGUCUUGCUCAUGUUUAGUCAUAGUUUACGUCUGACUUGUCAUGGUUUAAAUUGGGUAUAUCUUAGGACAGAGAUCAGAAUAGGGAAAUAAAAAUGGGGAAAUGGAAAUAUGUUUAGAACACCAGUAUACAGACCAAUGGAACAAUAAUGUAAUGGAUGAGGCAUUUUCUUCCAUUUCCUGGAUUAUUUACAUGCUUGUGUUUGUGUAUAUGAAUGCAUGUAUGUGGGUCGUUGUGUAGGUUUCCCAUUGGACAAAGCGGUAGAGUACGCCAACCUCAGAAACCCACUUCUCAUCAAUGACCUGAACAUGCAGUACUACAUACAAGACAGGUAUAAUGGUGAACACACGCACUCAUUUCCUGCUCAUACUUUGUCAGUCUAUUGACUUGUUCCAUCAUAGACAUUUUGUCUAAUGUCCCUUCAGGAGGGAGGUGUAUCGUAUCUUGCAGGAGGAGGGCAUUGACCUUCCUCGUUACGCUGUGUUAACCCGAGACCCAGACAGACCUGAAGGUAAGUGUUACAACACAACUAGUCUCUUGUGACAGACUGUUACUAUUCAAUCAAAUAGCUGGCUAGCAUGGACACAAGUUUUGCUUCCGGGUGCCAAGAUUACAAUAAAACAAAACUUAAACCCUAUCUCUGUAAACGUAGUUGUAACUGAUCCCAACACUCACUAAAGCAUACUUAUCAGAAAUCCACUGCAGAGUAUAAUAAGAAAUUGAUGUGCAGUGCUAGCAAAUAUGGCUCUGGAUAGUUAGCUCACAGUGGUAAGACGCUGAGUUCCUGACAUCUAUUGCCACUUGCAGUGUAUGUCUGAAUCCCCCAUGGUGCGCAAAGACGAUCUUUGAAAUGUGGAUUCACAUUUAUUGCGGUAUUGUGUUGGGAAGAAGUGCAAUCAUCACCUUGAAAAUGAAGAUUAGGGGCUCAAUUCAAUCCAACCCGCAUUGCAGUAUUUACGCAGUAGCUCUUUUUCCAAUGGUCAAAUUAACACAGAUUGUUCUUGGGUACUGUAUAAAAACCUACAACUACUACCAGGACUACCUUUCUCACAGGUAUGCUUUAACUUUUCAGAAGUAGAAGUGUGUGGGCGCGGGAUGAAUAUUGUAAAUAAAGGAUUUGGAGAAAAUAAAUGAUAUCUGCCCCAUGUGGGAUUAGAACUCACAACCAUUGAACUAUGAGCCAACUUUUUUAUCGGACUGCCACCAAUUGGUCAGUGGUUAAGGAAAAAUACUUGUUGACAUGACCACGAUUGUCACCUAUUUCUUGUUACGAUGGAUGUAGCUAAGAGUAUAAAUGUAUAAUCCUCAUAGCCUACAUGGUUUUUUUUUUCUUCGUAAAAGCACAGAUGUGUAUGAAACGGUAAGCAAAAACGUUGAAUUUGGUCAUAUGAGGAAAUGUGCUUUACUGCCUUUUUGAAUUUUGUGUAACGUCAGUAGUCUAGUCAAGAACGCAUCAUGCAAAAUGUAUUGGCGUACUCUACUUACCAAGACCAUUGCCAAAGGCGUGCUGUCACCUGCUUUCAUAGUAAGCCUUGAGGUGGCAUGACCUAGCACACCUAGAAGGGAGUGUAUUUCAUACCGAACCCAUCCCUUGAGAUGACGUAGAGGCACUUUCUCAAGGUUCCUCUACAUCACGAUUUCAAUGGAGGUGAUCUGCUAGAGGCAAAAAGAGCUAGAUAUACUACUACAAUACCAAAAUAUAUCACUUUUGCAACGAACUGUCAAAAUGAAGACCAGAAUUGACGUGUUCCACUAUAACUAAGCCUAAAACAACUUUUUUUUAAUGGGGGAAAAAAAAACGUUUUCGUGAAAGUUACUCUUUAAAGCGGAGGUCACCAACCAGGCGAUCGACUGGUCGAUCUCCAUGGCAUUCCUUGUCGAUCGCCAAACAUUUCAGUAAAAAACCCAAGGAUAAAGCCUUGCGUCCCAAUUUGUUGUCAUUUGCUUCGCUGUUGGCAGUAGGUGCACCCGAUUCAGCUGACCUGCGCGCUGAGUAGGCUAAGUGUUCCCAUUUUGAACCAUUUCAUGUAUCUGAAGGUACAAACUCUGCCUUCCUGGCGGGCCCGUAGAGCAAAUCAAGUGCACUGUAGGCCUACCGCUGGCCAAACAGAUGGCUCAGAUUACAGUGUCUGCAAUAAUGUAGCAGGUGUAAAAGAACGCUAAAGCGAAGUUGAUACUGUGAGAUUUUAAAACCAUGACCAGAGAGACUGUUAACAAAUACAGUAAAGAUUUGCUGUUUUUAUGAGUGAGUUCAUGUUUAAGUUCUUAUUCAACACUUUUAUAAGCCAUAAAAUUCACGGUUUUUCUACUUCCACACAAGCAGAACUGCAUCUGCAAUGAAUGAGUAGGUAAGUGUAUCGAUAGGCUUGCUUUAUUAUUAUUAUUAUCAGCAGCUUGGGUCUUUUUUAAUAUUGAGGAAUAUUUCCCUUUCUGUGUUCAUAGGAGUAACAACAUGAAUUUGUGCAUGAGGCAGAAAUAAAGGUGCAACUCAAGAUUCGCGAUCAGCUGGAAGACGGUGUUCCUUUUUGGUCAGUGUCAGCAGAGGACAGGGAGAGCAGAGGGACGUUGAGGCGGACCCUCGGUCUGCUGCUCUCUCCCUCCGCUGAGACUGACUAUCAGAUGCAGGCUCGAUCAGCCCAGUAAAAUAGAAAGUAAUACAACAACUGAUCUAUUACCGGUGUGAUCAUAUAGCCUACCUAAAAUGUUGGAAUAUAAUUUUUAAAAUGGUCCGAACAACAAUGCAUUGGCAGGGCAAUUCAAGCAAAGCCAAUAUGCGGUGAUAAUGUAUUGGGACUAUAGCCCACUGCACAAACCUCAUUGCUACAGUACUGUUUUUAAUAGGUGAAUGUUGCAUAGGUUUACGGUUUUGAAGUCAUGUAAAAAAAAAAAAAUAUGAGCGGUAGAUCUCGGCUUGCAUUUUGACUCAAAGUGAUCGUGGCUCAGAAAAGGUUGGUGCCCACCAGUAGUAAAGCAAUGUCCCCCUAGCCUAUCGAAGAUGAAGGCUAUUACCAGAUCAUUAACACCUGGCCAAUCCUUUCACAUCUAAAAAGUGCCUAUGAAUAGGGUUUAUAGUCCAAUUUGGAAUGGGGCAUUAAUUCAAGUGUGUUUGAGGCCCUGAUUGAACUCUCUCUAAAUGGCUGUGUGGUGUGUCUGCCUCCCAGAAUGUAACCUUGUGGAGGGGGAGGAUCAUGUGGAGGUGAACGGGGAGGUGUUCCCUAAGCCCUUUGUGGAGAAGCCUGUGUGUGCAGAGGACCACAAUGUCUACAUCUACUACCCCACCUCAGCUGGAGGGGGUAGCCAGAGACUCUUCCGAAAGGUACCGAGGGACUAGGGAGGUACAGUUGGCUUCAAAUGGGUCAGAUGCUGUAUUGUAUAGGAACUGCUGUUGGAAUUAUAGUGUAGCGGUGGAAGCUUUAGGAGCCAUGCCGUACAGGAAGGUCAAACUCAAUUAUACACAUUCGGUACUCAAACUUUUAGCCCUCAUUGAAAUAUUUUAGCUGCCCUUCAUUGAUCUUGCAUGACAGAAUGAAACCAAUGAAAUAGUCCCAAAAGUGCAAAACCGCUCAUCUGUCAGGCUCAAUCAAGCGCUCUUAUAAGUAUAUGAAAUAUUUCAAAUACUAUUUGAACCCUGACCUGGUUGCCCCCCCCCCUCCCUCUCUUGUUCAUGAUCCCCUCUCUCCUAUAGAUAGGGAGCCGCAGCAGUGUGUACUCCCCAGAGAGCUGUGUGAGGAAGACUGGCUCCUAUAUAUACGAGGAGUUCAUGCCAACGGACGGCACUGAUGUCAAGGUAUCAUCUUAAGUGUGUGUUGGUGUGUGAGCCUGGUUGCAGUCAGUAUUUGUGUUUGGCUGAGUCUUCUUUGUUGUUGAUGUUUAAGUUAAUCGGUUGAUGGACUUUAUACACUGCCAUGUCAGUUUCUUUAGGAUGAGGGUGUGUGCAAGUGUGUACAAAGUGCACAGAUGAUUACUUGGUGGAUGAAACAUUUCUAUCUCACUCUAUGAAAGCGAAUUAAGAGAUAUACUAAUUGUGGUGUGGUUCACCAAAUGAGGCUUGGUCAUAGCUAAAUACAUACUUGAAUCCGUAGAUUGUUUUCAAAACACGUUUUAAGAACACCUUGUCAAAAUACAAACGACAUGUGACUGUAUACUAGCAUGGUCAUGUUUUUAACUCGCUGUCAUGCUCUGAGCAUGCAUACUAGUAGACAGUGAAUGAACCCAUUCAAAGAUUAGGUCGAAUAUACUGUAUAUUAACCAAAUGUAUCCAAAACAGAUUUUAGUAACCACAUUGGCCUGUUAGAACAGGUAAAUAAUGAGACGUUUGACAAAUAUGCACUUUGUUUGCAUCAGCCUUUUUGAAUGGGCGCAAAUGGCAGUGUCCAGGCAUGGCCGUCGGCGUUCCAUUUGGUAAUUGUGGUCAAAACUGUUCGCUGCUCUGGCACCCCAAUGGUGGAACAAGCUCCCUCACGACGCCAUGACAGUGGAGUCACUCACCACCUUCCGGAGACAUUUGAAACCCCACCUCUUUAAGAAAUACCUGGGAUAGGAUCAAGUAAUCCUUCUACCCCCCCCCCAAAAACAAAAACCCAUUGUAAAGUGGUUAUCCCACUGGCUAUAAGGUGAAUGCACCAAUUUGUAAGUAGCUCUGGAUAAGAGCGUCUGCUAAAUGACGUAAAUGUAAAAAUGUAAAUGUAAUUUGGUUUUGUGUUUGGAAUGGCACUGUUACAACGGGAGUUGAUGCAGUCAUAAAUCAUUUGAUGUAAGUGUUUUUAGGCCAAUUUUGAAUCUGUAGAAUGACUAUUACCCAUAAUGCUCAUUGACUGGACUGUCCAAAUUACCAUGGCAACUAUGCAUCACAAUCGUAAUAUACAUUUUGCAACAUGCAGCAAUCCACGGUACAGUAUCAACUACGCUGCUGCGCUUAUAGACGACGGCGGGCCCGUGCGUAACAUUUUCAACAGCAUCUCAUGAUGACCCCCUGCCCUGUUUCCCCCAACUUUUAAACUAACCCUCAAGUCCUUUCAAAUAAUGCUGUCAAAUAAAGCAAGGUAUAUAAUGAGUCAAAUAAGCACUAGGCCUAAAACAUAGGCAACAAACGUGAGGUAGAAAUUACACUUCCACGCUUGGAUGUGGUCGCAUCCGUGCGAGCUACAGUGGGGAAAAAAUGUAUUUAGUCAGCCACCAAUUGUGCAAGUUCUCCCACUUAAAAAGAUGAGAGGCCUGUAAUUUUCAUCAUAGUUACACGUCAACUAUGACAGACAAAAUGAGAUUUUUUUUCUCCAGAAAAUCUCAUUGUAGGAUUUUUUAUGAAUUUAUUAGCAAAUUAUGGUGGAAAAUAAGUAUUUGGUCAAUAACAAAAGUUUCUCAAUACUUUGUUAUAUACCCUUUUGUUGGCAAUGACACAGGUCAAACAUUUUCUGUAAGUCUUCACAAGGGUUUCACACACUGUUGCUGGUAUUUUGGCCCAUUCCUCCAUGCAGAUCUCCUCUAGAGCGUUGAUGUUUUGGGGCUGUCUCUGGGCAACAAUGACUUUCAACUCCCUCCAAAGAUUUUCUAUGGGGUUGAGAUCUGGAGACUGGCUAGGCCACUCCAGGACCUUGAAAUGCUUCUUACGAAGCCACUCCUUCAUUGCCCGGGCGGUGUGUUUGGGAUCAUUGUCAUGCUGAAAGACCCAGCCACGUUUCAUCUUCAAUGCCCUUGCUGAUGGAAGGAGGUUUUCACUCAAAAUCUCACGAUACAUGGCCCCAUUCAUUCUUUCCUUUACACGGAUCAGUCGUCCUGGUCCCUUUGCAGAAAAACAGCCCCAAAGCAUGAUGUUUCCACCCCCAUGCUUCACAGUAGGUAUGGUGUUCUUUGGAUGCAACUCAGCAUUCUUUGUCCUCCAAACACGACGAGUUUAGUUUUUACCCAAAAGUUAUAUUUUGGUUUCAUCUGACCAUAUGACAUUCUCCCAAUCCUCUUCUGGAUCAUCCAAAUGCACUCUAGCAAACUUCAGAUGGGCCUGGACAUGUACUGGCUUAAGCAGGGGGACACGUCUGGCAGUGCAGGAUUUGAGUCCCUGGCGGCGUAGUGUGUUACUGAUGGUAGGCUUUGUUACUUUGGUCCCAGCUCUCUGCAGGUCAUUCACUAGGUCCCCCCGUGUGGUUCAGGGAUUUUUGCUCACCGUUCUUGUGAUCAUUUUGACCCCACGGGGUGAGAUCUUGCGUGGAGCCCCAGAUAGAGGGAGAUUAUCAGUGGUCUUGUAUGUCUUCCAUUUCCUAAUAAUUGCUCCCACAGUUGAUUUCUUCAAACCAAGCUGCUUACCUAUUGCAGAUUCAGUCUUCCCAGCCUGGUGCAGGUCUACAAUUUUGUUUCUGUUAUCCUUUGACAGCUCUUUGGUCUUGGCCAUAGUGGAGUUUGGAGUGUGACUGUUUGAGGUUGUGGACAGGUGUAUUUUAUACUGAUAACAAGUUCAAACAGGUGCCAUUAAUACAGGUAACGAGUGGAGGACAGAGGAGCCUCUUAAAGAAGAAGUUACAGGUCUGUGAGACCCAGAAAUCUUGCUUGUUUGUAGGUGACCAAAUACUUAUUUUCCACCAUAAUUUGCAAAUAAAUUCAUAAAAAAUCCUACAAUGUGAUUUUCUGGAUUUUUUUCUCUCAAUUUGUCUGUCAUAGUUGACGUGUACCUAUGGUGAAAAUUACAGGCCUCUCAUCUUUUUAAGUGGGAGAACUUGCACAAUUGGUGGCUGACUAAAUACUUUUUUUCCCCACUGUACAAAUUCUAGCUGGUCACUUCACUCAAAACGUUCUAUUUUUGGGGAAGCUAAAAUCAUGAUUUGGUCAAACAGUAGCAUCCUGAUUCCUGCAUGAAAGAGUUUGCCCUGCCCCAGUUUCUCCUUGUGUACUCUAGCCUAGUUAGAGAGAAGAGGAGGAAGAGAGAAAUGCAGUCUCACUGCGCAACAUUUCAAAAUGUAAUCAUGUGAAAAUACAGUAGGCUACUGUUAUGAUUUUGGUUUCGAGUUUCCCCUUCCUCAGUGAUUAGCCCCAAGUGAAUUAGCCUAUGUGAUAUUAAUUACAUUAAUAUCUAUUUAAUUAAAUUAAUCUGCAAUUCUAGAGCCCUAUUUGGGCAGUAAAAUUAUAGCAACAAUAGCCUAAUUGUCAACCCAAAAUUCAUGCCAAUCACUGGUUUAGGUAUUGCACAUCAACAUAUAUUUGUAAUGCAUCCUGCUUGGACAUGUUAUAUUAAACAAAUUAUUUAUUGAAUCAUACCAUCGCAAUAGCAGUGUGUAUGACUAUAACAUUAUUCAUGUUUUGUUCUAUUGCGUGACCGUGAUCAUAGGCUGGUGCCACCAUCUGAAAAUGUUGGUGGCACCAGGGGAAAAAGUUAGUCCGGAGCCCUACUGUAUAGGGAUGACAUGGUUCAUGGUAGGCAAACAUAAUUAGAAAGGGAAAGCAAGUGCCAUGAUCUCAGGGGAAAUAGGCCUAUGGGAGUCUUAAAAUGCUUGGGAGUUUAGAAUACUGCUAUAGCCUAUCCAGAGACCAAAAAGCUGAAAAGAGAAACAGAUUUUUGAUUUGCAUUAAAUCAAAUUAUUAAUAUCCAGUGAUUUAUUGCCCGUAAGGGCGGAGUACCGCUAGUAUGUGUAUGAUACGAUAUCAGGUGAACACUGUGGGACCUGACUAUGUGUGUAUAAUAUGAUGUCAUGUCAGGUGUACACAGUGGGACCUGACUAUGCUCAUGCUGAGGCAAGGAAGUCCCCAGCCCUGGACGGUAAGGUGGAGAGGGACAGCGAGGGGAAGGAGAUCCGCUACCCUGUCAUGCUCACCGCCAUGGAGAAACUGGUGGCCCGCAAGGUCUGCCUGGCCUUCAAGGUGAGGCUUUUCAACCAAUCAGACCACUCUGUCUCUCUUCUCUCCAAAUCAACCUGAAGCCUUCUUAAACUAUCCCAAUAGUCUGAAGAGGCUUCCUCUGCUCGACCUAGUCUUAUUUCCUUCAAUGAUGUGCAGGAGCUGGAUAGGUGAAAGCAACUAUGAUGUAUUUUCAGAUCAGUGCAGAUGAAUGCAGGAAUCCUCUUUUUAGAGGUGCAAUGUGUACAUUUUUGGGCGAUCUGACCAAAUUCACAUAGAAAUGUGAGUUAUAGAUCCGUCAUUCUCAUUGAAAGCAAGUCUAAGAAGCGGUAGAUCUGUUCUAUGUGCGCUAUUGCUAUGCUUCCCAUGCUUUUGAGUCUUUUACUUUUGAUUUUGUACACCAGCUUUAAACAGCUGAAAAUACAAUAUUUGUGGUUGUUGAAAAGAUAUUUCACAGCGGUUCAGAUGGUACAAUGAUUCUCUACACUAUACAUUGCUUGUUUUGUCACAUAAACAGAAAUUAGGCGAACUAUUCAAAUUUUAGCAACCAGGAAAUGGCGGAGCGAUUUCUGCAUAUUGCACUUUUAAGAUGCACUUGACCUUGAUUGGCUACAUUCAGUUUGAAUGGCUGACUGACACACACUUUCACUCCCAGCAAACGGUGUGUGGCUUCGACCUCUUGAGAGCGAAUGGCCACUCCUUCGUCUGUGACGUCAAUGGCUUCAGCUUUGUGAAGAACUCCAUGAAGUACUAUGACGACUGUGCCAAGGUCUUGGGGUAGGUGCAGCUAGCUGUCAUCCUUACAUCUUAACCCCUGAUUUAGACUUUGACACUCAAGGAUCUUCUUGGUAACUAAAGCCAUACGUCGACAGAGUCUUUAGCCACAAGUCGUUCCUUGAACUGGCCAGGAUCCAAACUCACACUCUCUAUUUGUUUUCAAAACCCAAACACUGCUCUAGCUCACCCCAUUGGUUGUCAGAACUCAAAACACUGCUCUAGCUCACUCCAUUGGUUGUCAGAACUCAAAACACUGCUCUAACUCACUCCAUUGGUUGUCAGAACUCAAAACACUGCUCUAACUCACUCCAUUGGUUGUCAGAACUCAAAACACUGCUCUAGCUCACUCCAUUGGUUGCGCUCCCCACAGGAACAUGGUGAUGCGAGAGCUGGCCCCUCAGUUCCACAUCCCCUGGUCCAUCCCCAUGGAGGCUGAGGACAUACCUAUAGUCCCCACCACCUCAGGAACCAUGUGAGUCCUCUCCUCAUUAUCUUCCUUUUUUCUUCCUCCUUUCCUUCUGCUUCUUUCUACCUCUUAUUCCCCCUCCUCCCUCUCUUCUUAUUCCCCCUCCUCUUAUUCCCCCUCCUCUUAUUCCCUCUCCUCUUAUUCCCCCCUCCUCUUAUUCCCUCCCCCUCCUCCCCCUCCUCUAAUUCCCUCUCCUCUUAUUCCCCCUCCUCCCCCUCCUCUUAUUCCCUCUCCUCUUAUUCCCCCUCCUCUUAUUCCCCCUCCUCCCCCUCCUCUUAUUCCCCCUCCUCCCCCUCCUCUUAUUCCCCCUCCUCCCCCUCCUCUUAUUCCCUCUCCUCUUAUUCCCUCUCCUCUUAUUCCCCCUCCUCUUAUUCCCCCUCCUCCCCUCCUCUUAGUUCCCCCCUCCUCCCCCCUCCUCUUAUUCCCUCUCCUCUUAUUCCCUCUCCUCUUAUUCCCCCUCCUCCCCCUCCUCUUAUUCCCUCUCCUCUUAUUCCCCCCUCCUCCCCCUCCUCUUAUUCCCCCCUCCCCCCUCCUCUUAUUCCCCCUCCUCUUAUUCCCCCUCCUCCCCCUCCUCUUAUUCCCUCUCCUCUAUUCCCCCUCCUCCCCCUCCUCUUAUUCCCCCCCUCCUCUUAUUCCCCCUCCUCUUAUUCCCCCUCCUCUUAUUCCCCCUCCUCUUAUUCCUCUUAUUCCCCCUCCUCCCCCUCCUCUUUUUCCCUCUCCUCUUAUUCCCCUCCUCUUAUUUUUUUCCCCCUCCUCUUAUUCCCCCUCCCCCUUUCCCCUCCUCCCCCUCCUCUUUUCCCCCCCUCCUCCCUCUCCUCUUUUCCCCUCCUCUUAUUCCCCCCCCUCCCCCUCUUCUCUAUUCCCUCUCCUUUAUUCCCCCUCCUCCCUCCUUUUUCCCCUCCCUUAUUCCCCUUCCCCCCUCCUCCCCUCCCUUAUUCCCUCUCCUCUUAUUCCCCCCUCCUCUUAUUCCCCCUCCUCCCCCUCCUCUUAUUCCCUCUCCUUAUUCCCCCUCCUCCCCCCUCCUCUUUUUCCCCCUCCCCCCCUCCUCUUAUUCCCCUCCUCUCCUUCCUCUUAUUCCUCUCUCCCUCUCCUCCUUAUCCUGCUCAUCUCUAUUCCCCCUCUUCCCCAUCCCUUAUUCCCUCUCCUCUUAAUUCCCCUACCCCCCCUCCUCUUAUUCCCCCUCCUCUUAUUCCCCCUCCCCCCCCUCCUCUUAUCCCUCCUCUAUCCCCCUGCUCCCUCUCCUCUUAUUCCCCCUCCUCCCUCUCCUCUUCCUGCUCAUCUCUACUAGAGGUGGUCUAACAGAGGUGGUUUAGUGAAUUAUACUCACGUGAUGGCUAACCUCUCUUGAGACUUGGAGACAUGGGUUAGCUCCCACAGCUAACUCCUAGGCUUUAGCUCAUUGGGCUAACACAGUCUUGAGUCACAAAGUACUAGAGGACCCUUGUUGAUACCGGUUAUAACGCUGUUUUCCAUAUCCAUUCGCGUAUGUUUUUUUAAACCCUCAUCAGGAUUUCUCCUGACUAAAUAAAGGAUUAAUACAAUAAACAAAUCAAUAAUGUCACCUGGAGUUGCAAAGGGAGGGUACAUUACUGGAAACCUUCUAAGUUUACCGGUAAACUACCAGCAUGUUGAUAACUUUCAAGGUUUUGGGGGAAUUUUAUAACAUGACUUCUAGUGGCCUUUUUGGGUACUUCAGAUUAUCACAAGGUGUCUGUAAAUAUCUCUGGCCCUCUGUGUGGCCUUAUCGCAUGUUAUAUAUAAACAAAUCAAAUAAGAUAAUUAAAACAAUAAAAAUAGAAUGACAAAGCUGUAAAACAUUAUCCUAAAUAUAAACCACCAACAGUGAAAACUAUUGGUGUUUAAUGUGAGGGUUUCAGCAUGAAAUGUCCUGAAAUUGUUUUACAUGCUUUCAUUUAUUUUACUAUGUCAAAAUGUCUUUGUUGUAAAUGUUUUGCAGACAAACUGGUGGCAGUUGUGAAAAAAGUCAAUAGUUGGAAGAGUUGCAGAAUUAAUUGAAAAUAAUGCCGUUGUUGAGACACUGUAAAAAAAUUAAUUAGGCUAUUUUCUCUUGAACCAUAUGGUCUAUCCACUACAGACUCAUGGUCAGUAUUGACACAGAUAUAAAAAAUUAAUACUAUGUAUAAAUAUAUAUAUAUUUAAAGUUAUUCAAGUAUAAAUUACCGGUAACUUAUCCGUAGCUUUGUAACCCUGUCACCUGUCCCGCAGGAUGGAGCUGCGCUGUGUAAUCGCCAUCAUCCGCCACGGAGACCGCACCCCCAAACAGAAGAUGAAGAUGGAAGUCAGACACCCUCUGUGAGUCUAUAUAUCUCUUCAUGCUCCCCAUUCCCAGUGGGCAGAAUUUGACACCACGUCUUAAUGACUUAAUUUUCUGAUCAACGUCAUAUAACAAAUACAACUUGUAAUUCACCUUCCCCAGUCCUGUUGCGUUUCAAUGAUGUAUCGGUUGUGUCUUUAGAUUCUUUGAGCUGUUUGAGAAGUACGGAGGCUACAAGUCAGGGAAACUGAAGUUGAAGAAGCCCAAACAGCUACAGGUCAGUCCAAGUAUCUAUUUGCCUGUAACACAGAAACGUGCAGUGUGUUCCUCUGUUGAGGGGAACUCUAUUUAUGACUAUGGUAGUGCUAUAUAUGGCCUCUACUUCUAAUCGACUUAUUUUCAAGGUUUCUUCCUGGCAACUGUUGCCUUUGCUUGCUCUUUGUAGGGGUUAAAGCUUUGGUUGUUGUUAAGCACUUUGUGACAAAUGAGUUUGAUUGACUGAUGUCAGUCGUGUGUGUGUGUGUGUGUGUGUAGGAGGUGCUGGACAUUGCCCGGCUCCUACUGGCUGAGUUGGGCCAGCACACGGACUGUGAGAUCGAGGAGAAGAAGGGUAAACUGGAGCAGCUCAAGACUGUCCUGGAG